AUGCACGAGAGCAACGGGCUGGACUCAGCUGCCCCUCGCCCAGAUGGCGGCAUUGGUCACCAACAAAUUCUCACCGGAAAGCAAGAACAUUACCUUAAGCGCGAGCUCAUCUCCCUCCAGGUUCAACAUGAAAUCUCCGAACUAAACUCUCCAACCGCCCUUCGUCGCUUCGGUGCCCCCUUUAAAUCGGAAUUCGGAGAAGUCGCGCCCAUCGAUUCCGAACUUCCUAUACUCCGGUUUAUCUUCGUCCACCAUGUUCGGGAUUUCCCUUUCCUAGACCAGGCGCGGGAGAAGGAGUUUUGGCAGGACAAAUUGCAGGUGGUGCAAACGCAGUUCCUCGAAUCCUUUGCGAAUAAGAAUGUGUCGUCAUCCGAAGACCGCCUGGAAGAGACAAAGCGGAGAAAGUUGGCCCGGAAAUGUGAGAAGCUUGUGGAACUCAUGAUGGUUUCUGGUAUACCCACUGCAUCUGGAUAUGAAGAGCGUAUCCAAUUUUCCGAGAUGGAGGUCGUCGAUCGUGGAGCCAAUGAGAAAGGGCUACUCGUAAAUAUGCCUGAGGGAAACGCGAUCAAUGGUUGGGAUAUCAACGUCGCUGCUGUCAGAGUCACGUCCGUACGACGCACAGUCCGACACCAUCAACAUGCGGAAUUCAUAAUCCGUGUAAAGCGGGGUGGAAAGCCAGAGAUUUUCGUCGCUCGACGGUUUGGCGACUUUGCCAGGCUCCAGAAGAGGCUGCAUACUGAAGUUCCUGGCAAGGCGCUACCGCCUCUCCCGCGAAAGAACAAAUCCUCAUCAACUUCAACCUUGUGGUGGGGUGGCUCGACUGUGGAAGAUGACGAGUCUUCUGUUUCAUCUGUCUCAACUCAGGAUACAAGCCUCGUAGAAGAGACGCGGUCCUCCCGAACCCUAGCUCCGCCAGAUAUUAUUCAACGCGGCCGAUCAAGGUCACGGAGCUCUGUGAGAAAAUCACCCAGAUCUUCUGCAGAGCGUCCCAGGGAGACAGUGCUGUUCCGGGAGGAGCAAAGAAUUUCGCUACGCGCCUACCUCCGCACAAUCUUGCAAAAUAAGCGGUUAGCCGAGUCAAAGGCAUUAGAAGAGUUUCUGACGGCAGAUCCAAUUGUCCCUGGUCAAGAGGAGACGCUUGACAUGGGAAAACGAAAAGAAGUAGAUGCUAUUAGAGUAGAAGAGCAAAAGCGCUUCUACGAGAUCGCACGGCAACGUGCGGCAGAGUUGGACGUGUACAUGGAGAAGUUCCGGCGUGACAUUGUUGAAAGCAAUGGAUUGACCAAACUCUUUGCCGAGAUUAAAGAGAAACAAUGCGUCGAAGAUCUAAGCCCUCAAUAUCAGAAGUUUGCCGAAUGGCUACGCAUCGAGGUCGCGGCUACUUUGUACCACCUUUUCCUGGCCGAAGACAAUUCGGCAGAGCUUUUCGCGCAGGCGAAACGGAUUCAUUCCUUGGUGCCAUAUACUCUGUUGAAGAAUGUGAUUCGAAUCGCCAAUCCGGCUGCUGUGAUGACAGGGGUUUUGGAUCUCUUCCUCGCUCAGCCUUUCGGUUCUCGGUCUCUCUUACAACGAAUAUUCUCCAUGACGUUGCAUGAUGGAAUCAAGGGAUUUCAACGAUCGAUUGAUGCGAUGGCUGCUAAGGUUGACGACCCUGUCGUCGCCCAGAAGCUGAAAGCAUUUACUGAGGCCGAAGAAGAUGUCAAGAACGAGAUUCGCCUCGAAGCUACUGAAGACGAUGUAGACGUUGCUGUCGCUAUUCUUCGAUCAGAAUUACUCCCACUCGAGCUGAACAACGAACAGAUUGGCAAGGUGUUCAAUUCAUAUGUUGCCUGGAAUCACGCCGUGGAAAAUGUGGACGAGGAAAUGCGGGAGGGCGCACACUGGUUCGCCAAUGUGAAGCAAUUGCUGAAACUUUACACCCGGCAGGCAGAUAAGGCCAAGAUGCUGAAUAUCAUAGAAGAGCCAGUGACCCUGCAGCUUUUCCGCGACCUUUUCACCAUCUUCUACGAGCCACUUGUUCGUGUGUAUAAAUCGGCAAACGUCUACAAUAGCAUUACGGAUUUCGCCAAGUUUGCUGACGACGCUAUUGCAGUUAUCGAAAAGUGCCAGAGACAGGAUAUCUCUGCGGAUCCCAACCAAACAGUUCAGGCAUUUAUUGAUCUCUGUGAACGACACCAAGCCAGUCUUUACAAGUUCAUUCACGAAGUUCACCUUCACGACAACGGGCUUUUUGGGUCUUUGAUGGCAUGGAUUGAAAACAUUCUUGACUUCCUUCGGAACGGCCCAGGUGGUGGCAAGCUCGAUAUGAACGCUUUGUUUAGCGGAGGCAAGGACGUCGGCCAGAUCAACCCCGACCUUGCUCGCGAGGAGAUAGAUAAGCUCAUAAAGUGGCACGAGGAUCGGAAGCAAUGGCACCUCAACAAGACUCGGCAAAAGAUGGCCGCCGAAGGAACGGCUUCUUCCCCCUUCCAAACUAAGUUUAAGGGGAGCGACUUUGGGUUGGACGAGGCCGAUCUUGAUGCACUCGCUAUCUCCGACGAAGAUACCGAUGGCUCUGCUGAACUUGAGGCCGAAGACGAGGCCGAAGAGGUAGAUCCGAUCGCCGUUGAACGGAAGCGGCGCUCGCGGCAACAGGUUCAACUGCGCCGUACAGCCGGCGAGCCCAUCAAACCCGAUGUUCAAGAGAUCCUAAAGUUAUCCGACUCGUUCAGCAUUCUGCUGCGCCAGAGUAGAAUAUUGGUGUUGUAUUUUAUAGAUUUCAUUGAAGACCUGAUUCUACUGGGCUCUAUUGCGACAAUCCCCGCGCUCUGCUGUGCCCCUGCGGGGCCUUUUACUCGACGGCAUAUGGCGAUGCAAUUGUCCAGAGCGACCGCCGGCGGUGAAGCUGCAGACAAGAAACCAUGGUUCUACAUCUGCCAGAAAGACCACCGACACCGCUGUAAUUUCUUCCUAUGGGCUAGCGACGCCGAAGCCCGCGAAAAGUACACCCUGCUCUCGAAUACCCGCACCGAAGCCCCAUCACCGUCUACGGCGUCUCAAACGGCCUCGCCGAAGACCAUAUCCGCGCAACAGGGUUCGGGCCUCCUAACACCGCAAACCGGUCAACAAGAUAGGUACAGCGAGCCGCGGGCGCACCGGACAUCCACGAGCGGGAGCGGAAGUGGAAGCGCAAAUGCGAAAGCACGCAUGAUGACCGAAGACACCGGUGAGUUCGAGUGGGAUGAUUCGAUGGAUAGUGAGAUGGAGAGGGUGGUCGAGAGUAGCCAGCCGCUGCGGCAACCGGAGUUUGGACUUCCAGCACGGAAAACACCGCGCACGGGACCUGUUACGAGUCCGGGGAAGAGGAAGCGGUCGGUUGAUGAUGACGGUGCGGAGAAAGGGGAGAAAGGUGUGCCCAGUACGCCGGGUGGUCCUGGGCAGGGGACGCCGUUCCUCACGCCCACGCCUACCAGAUAUAAAGAUGUUAUUUCUGGGAUUGGGGAGUCGCCUCUUGCAACACCGUCAGAUCUAGCUGCGCAGGUUUCCAAAAUAUUGGAGGGGCAUGGAGUUGAUGUUCCCGUCGCGGCAAGAGCAGAGUUGAAGGAGUUGCUGAACCGGCAUGAGCUGAAGGCAAAGGGGAUCCUUCGCGGGCGAGAUAUUUCGUGGAAGGCGUUGAAGAAUAAGGAUGAAGAGAUUGCGAGGCUGAAUGAGAGGAUCUCAAUGCUGGAAUCGCAGCGGGACGAACUCCCCGAGAUGUUUCGACCCCCCGUGAACCGCGCAAUGCGGGUUCUGGACCGAUCAUUCUUCAGAAAGACGAUACCGCUUUCCGCUGCGACUGUAUUUAAGAAUUCGGACAUCUCAAGAGUGCGGGAUAAACUGAUGAAGAGCCGGGAUCAAUUCGCGCUGCCGCGUCUGAAUAGCGUCAAGGAGAUCAAGAAGGACGAUAUUGUGAGGAAAUGCCUGCUGCUAAAGGAGGAAAUUAAACACAACGUUACAGAUAUCGCGACGUGGUCGCCUACUGUCAACGAGCUGGUCGAUAGUGGGGCUGUUGGGCUCGGACCUUACGACUUGACGCUGGAUUACGAUUACUGGAAUUAUUCUGAUAUUAUUGCCGCGAUCCUACCGGAGGAUAUGCUUGAUGAGGUACCACAGGGCUUCACGCAGGUGGGACACGUCGCCCACUUGAACCUUCGCGAACAAUACCUUCCAUGGAAGCACCUAAUUGCUCAGAUCAUCCUUGACAAGAACCCGACUAUCCGCACCGUGAUCAGGAAGACCGAAGAUGUAGGCUCACAGAGCGAGUUCCGGACAUUCCCAUUUGAGCACCUAGAGGGUGAGCGCAACAUGAACGUUGUUCAGCACGAGCAAGACUGCGAGUUCCACUUCGACUACUCUCGCGUAUACUGGAAUAGUCGUCUGGAUACCGAGCACCGCAGACUCGUAGACAAAUUCCAGCCCGGCGAGAUGGUCUGCGACGUCAUGGCCGGUGUUGGGCCAUUUGCGGUUCCCGCGGGUAGGAAGAAGAUCUUCGUUUGGGCCAAUGACCUCAACCCACAUGGGUACGAGGUGAUGCAGGAUGCCGUGAAAAGGAACAAGGUGCAGAGAUUCGUCACUCCGCACAACCAAGACGGCAGGAAGUUCAUCCAGUGGUCCGCGAAAGCCCUACUGGAAGAGGAUCCCGUGACGGUCGCUAUUCAACCGAAGGUGAAACGGUCGAGGAACGCGUCGAAGGAAGAGCAAGCACCUGCGCCUCCGCCAGAAGUGUUCGACCGUCCGAAUGUUUUCGACCACUACGUGAUGAACCUCCCCGGAAACGCGCUUGAAUUCCUGGAUGCAUUCAUUGGCGUCUACGAAGGCCACGAGGACUUGUUUGCACCGCACACCGAAAAGGCUCUCCCAAUGGUCCAUGUAUACUGUUUCUCGGGUCACUCUGAGAACGAGAUCGACGACCACAUGGACAUCUGCAACCGCAUGUCCGAGAGACUAGACUACCCGAUCAGCACGGAGGACCGGGUUGGGGGUUCUGGAAAUACAGAGCUCGAGCUUUCCAUCUACAAUGUCAGACUGGUUAGCCCUAACAAACAGAUGUUCUGUGCUAGUUUCCGACUUCCUCGCGAUGUUGCAGUUUUCCCGCCUCCACACCAGAUACGACUUCGAGAUCAGCUCAUUGACACGCCUUGUCCUAAACACAGCCUCCUCAACACCUCUGCCGCACAUCGCUCAGUUAUAUAUUUACAUAAUACCGGCGUCUCCCUCCCCCCGGCAACACACCGCCAGCGCGCCCUCCCCCAAGGCGAGCUCGAAGCAGCCUCAACACUCAAGCUCGGCGCGGACCAGAAUACGCAUACGUUAUCGCUUUCUGAAGCUCGCCUUGUCAUCAACAAGGUGCUCGAGAACAAGCGGAGGGGCGGGAAGAAAUAUGAAGAGCCGGAGAACCUCACCAAGACGUUGGCAUACCUUGAGCAGUUUGCCCGGUUCAAGGAAGAGGAGAACAUCAAGGCUGUUGAGCGGUUGUUGAACUCGCAUACAGAGCUGGAGAUGUUUGAGCGAUCGCAGCUUGGUAUGACUUCCCGUUAUCUAUCAUCCUCAAUAUUAGGAUUUUAA